AUGCAAAUUCAUUGCAAUCAAGUUGAACAUGAAAAUUUCUAAAUAAUUGGAAUUUGCAUAAACAAUAAAUGCCAAAAUUAAAAACCUUAUUGUCAUUAUUGCUUACAAAAACAUUCUGAUCAUGUUGAUAAAUUAUUACCUAAAGAAAAAAUUUAUGAAUGGAUUUAUCAAAAAGACGAAAUUGUUUCUAAUAUACAUAAGCAUAUUUAAGAAUGUCAAUCACAUCUUGAGUUUAUCAAAAAUUAAUUACCUCUCUGUUUAAAUAAUAAUAUUGAAGACUUAGGAAUUUCUUAAUUUGAUAAAUUAGUUACCAAUUUAUGCUAAAUUGAGUAAAUUGAACAAGGGCUAUUUCAAUUAAUAGAAUAAAUAAAAUUAGUUUCUAAUAAAAUCUAUAACAAAAAAAAAGUAAAUGAAGAAAAAAAUGUAAAUGAAGAAAAAAAUGUAAAUUUAAAUUAAAUUUAAAUAAAUCCAUCAUAUGAAAUUAUAAGUAAAUAAAAAUAAAUUGAAGGAUGUCGUGCUAUUGCUUUUAAUAAAGAUAAUUCAAUAGUAGUGGCUGCGUGUGAUAAAAACAUAAAGGUAUUUGAACUUAAAUAAGGAGAAUUGAAUAAAACAUAACUUUUGAGUGAACAUAAAGAUAAUGUUGUGACUUUAAAAUUUAUGAUGAAAUCUAAUCUUUUCGUGUCUGGAAGUUAUUGUUCUGAAAUUAUUAUUUGGUAUUUGAAUCAGUCAAAUUAAUGGGCUCUUUAAUAAAAAUUAAAUGGACAUUAAAAAGCUAUUUAUUGUUUGAUAAUAAAUAAUAAUGAAGACUUAAUAAUAUCAGGGAGUAGGGACACUAAAAUUAAAUUUUGGUUGAAAUAGAAGAAUUGGUAAUGUGAAGAAACCAUAAAUGAUAUUAAAAAUCCAGUAUAUUCAUUAAGUUUAAAUGAAAAAUCAAAUUAAUUGAUUGUUAAUUCAAAAGAUUAGUUUCUAUAUGUAUUCUAAAAAUCUGAACUAGAUAAUAAAUGGAAAAUUACCUAAAGCAUAAAAAUAGAUUCCCAUGGUAUAAGAUUAUGUUUUAUUAACGAUUAUCAAUUUAUAUAUUAACCUUAUUGUCAGGAAUAUAUGGAAAUCUAUUAGAUGGAUAAAGAUACCAAGAACUAUAAUUUCUAAUAAAAAAUUCCGGUUAAAUGUGGUUCAAAUGAGGAUCUUUCUUUUGUUUAAUUAUAGUAUCUAAAAUCAUAAGGACUUUUAGUCAAUAAAAAUGGAAAAUAUAUUAAUAUCUUAAGGUUGAAAGAAAAUAAUACAUUUUAAACAGAACUAGUUAUUUAAUUUGAUACUAAAGUUAAUUAUGUAGGACUUAGUCAAGACGGAGAUUAUUUGAUUGGUUGGGACGAAAUAGAAAAGUAAUUGAUAGUCAGAAAAUAUUAAGGAAAAAAAUGA